UCUUUUCCAUUCUCUCUCCCUCUUCCUCUCUCUCUCUCUCUCUCUCUCUCUCUUUCUCUCUCUCUCUCCCUUUUUCUUUUCUUCUGGUACAACUCUCUUUUUUUCCUUUUAUCUCUUUUGCUUGAUCUCCAUAAAUCACUUCUCCUUCUUACAUCUUUCUCCUUUUUAAAAGACAAUUAGCUAAGCUAAAUCCCUCCUGCUUCUCUGGAACCCAGAAAUGGAUAUGCUCAGUGUUCAUCAUAGCAGCAAGAGCUGCAAAAGGACCAAACCAAAGAACAAAUCAAAACCCAUCAAGGUUGUGUACAUCUCAAACCCCAUAAAGGUCAAGACCACUGCAUCUGAGUUCAGGGCUAAGGUGCAAGAGCUCACCGGCAGAGAUUCCGGUUUAGGCGGCGGUACCGAAAGGUUCUCCGUCGUCGACGGUGGCCUUCAAACUGUUCCUGAUGAUCAUCAGACCACCAUGAAGGCUGGAAUUGAUCAUUAUUAUGUCCCUCAAGUCCCUCAGGUUGUGUCCUAUCAGGAGUCACCAGGGAAUUUCGAUGAGAACUUGUAUGAGGUUGAACCCUUUCAUAAUGAUGAUGAUGAUGUCUUCAAUCCUCAGAUGCUAGAGAACUUUGCCGGUUUCUUGCCUCUGUUGUCUAUUAGCUGAGUUCCUUCUCUCUAAACUUCGGUGCAGUGUAAGUUAAAUUACUAGAUUGUAUUCAAGGUCUCCUAGGUUUCCGGUAGAUUUACAUGUCUCUAUAGGACUUACCUAGCCAUAUUAUAUUUGUUGUUUAUGACUGAAUCAAGCAAGAAAUAUGAAUUAAUAUUGUAAUUUCCCCA